UCAUUUUUAGCUCACACAUACUUGGCGCAGAAAACUCUGUAGUUGGCUAGGCUUACACCUCCUAGUUGUGGCCAUCAAUCGAUAGUUGUUGACGGUAUUUGCCUGAACUGAGACCGCACGAGAAACAUCCGCGUGUCAGGAAGCUUGUGCAUCGAGUCGUUCGUCUAUGGUUAUCCCAGUUUUAUAAUCUGUUUUUUCUUAUUAUUAUUAAAUUUUUGUGUCGUCCGUCAUCAACGAUGUUUAAGCAAGUUUUCUGGUUUGUUGUUCUUUCCUUAACGUGGUCCUACGGCUGUCUCUACUACAUCAACGUCACUGAGGGACUGGCGAUGAAUGGCGAUGCUGAUAACGGCUCGGACCCUGUUCUCAUACCGGUCUUCGACAUACACGAUCCUGACUUGAAUAUAAGUUCCCCUUUGGUAGAACCGGUGAACAACACGUCAGUGAUGUCUGAUUUAUACAGUCAAGCAGUUGACCAAGUGACCACUUCAAUCUACCCAGAAGAAAGUCUGAUUUCCGAAUGCCAGGUGUCUACCAAAAACGAGUUGACUGUUAUCAAGAGCCCGUCGUUCCCUAACAACUAUCGUUCUAAUAUGGACUGCCAGUAUACAGUCUUCAGGAACUCCUCAAGGUGGUGUUCUGUGACUUUCUUAUUCAACGUGUUAGACUUGGAAGUCAGCGUGGGAUGCAGUAAAGACUACAUUGACUUGGUCGGAGAAAAGCUGUGUGGGUAUAACCCCUCAGGAGUCACACGUAUCAUCCAGUUUCAAGAUUCCAAGAUUGUCAUGAAGUUUCAUUCUGAUGAAGAACGCUCUGGUCUUGGAUUCCUGUUGACCGCUGUCCAGGAAGAGUGUCCUCCUCCUAGUUGCGAUAAGAAACUAACGGACUCCAAUUUCAAGCUUUCAAGUCCCAAUUUUCCGUCAAACUACGAGAAUCGUCGAAUCUGUGAUUACGUCAUUGUUAAAAAAUCAACACAUGUUUGUAAGCUACGCCUCCAGGUGACGCUGUUCGACGUUGAAUACGAUGACAGGUGUGAAGCCGACUUUUUUGAACUGGAUGGAGAAAAGUUUUGUGGGAUUAUGUCGGAAGGUCAGAUUGUUGAGAUGAACUUCCCAAACAAUGAGAUGUCAGGUCGAUUCCGAAGUGAUUACGCCACCUCACGUGCUGGUUUCCUCUUUGACGUCACACAGGUUGAAUGUCCGUCAGAACAACUGGUCACCGAUGAAUCGUAUGUGAAACCCAACAAUAAUUCUGUGGAAGCACGUGAAAUGACCCCCCAAAACACAAAAACGACACAAGAUACUAAACACGGAACGUACUCUACAGCUAAUGAAAACUAAUUAUGUCUUGUUUAUUUCUAGAAUUAAUCAGAAAAUCCAAUCAACAUGUAAUUAUUUGAUAACAAAGAACGUUUCCUAGGGCGGACCUUGUGAUUGGCAUGCAAAAUUAACUUAAAGAUAGUUCCGGUAACAACAGGAUUAAUUUAAAUACAGUUUAUUACUUUGUGUAGCCUAACAGUUAUCAAAUAGCAACAGAACUAAAGACACUGAAUCAAUAUAGUUAACAAGAGACAAGUUUCGCCACAUUAUUUGAAGCUAGAUUUUCAUUGUAUAAGUUUUGUUACUUAAUCUAAAUAACAUUAGAAAAAGGAGAAUGUAAGUUAUGCAUUAUAAUAUUUCCAUUGGGCAAUAGAUUUUUCAUACAAAAUAAAAUUACACUACUAAUAAACUGGUUAGUAUAAUUAAUAUAUCUUAUUUAAUUGCUUCCAUUUGACCGACACUGCUCAUAGAUUCGAUAAACGUAUAGUAAUUGUCCUUUAAGAAACCAAACUUCUUAAGUUUUGAUACCAUAGCAACGUCACACCUACUGGUACAAUAACAGCAUCACACUCCUUGAUGCCAUAGCAACAUUACACCAACUGAUACCAUGGCAACGGCUUCUUGAUAUGGAAUUGAAACUGACCUAAUGAAAAGGUCAAACGUAUUAAAAUGUUUUAGAUAUAUCAAUAAAAGCCUUACUUCGCAUCAUCAGUCACGAAUUUGUUCAUAUUUUCUGUUUAGGCAUUAUGUAGUUUUAUUCAGCUUCAUAGAUUUUAUCAUCACACAAUAUUUUCGUUAAUUACUCCUGAAAAAAUAUGUUUAUUAUUUAUUAUCAUCAUCCUCACUAUUUUCGAAAUAUUGGGAAACAUAAUUUUACAGAAAACUGUAUGAAAUUGAAAGAUUUAAGUGUCAGUAUUUAUAAUAAAAUCCUCCACGUUAUUGAUUUCAAACAUGUAAAUAUUUGCUUAAUUCCUUUCCCUAAAGGCGUUGGGUAAUAUAGACUUUCUAUAGGAUACAUCGACAGUCAACCUUCCUUCAGUGAGCAAGUAUCACAGCUGCUCUCAAUAGUUGUCAAACUGAACAUAAAAGAAAAUUGGAUUUGAAUCGACUAAGAAACAAACGAGAAAGAAAUGUAAGCUUUUACCUUCAUUCAGUCAGCUGAGAUUAAAGUAGAAAUAGAUCGAUAUCUGUUGUGAGCAGAAAUUUAAGAGGGCGGGAGAAAUAAGUUUUCAGAACAUUAAACCAAAAGAGGAACUGUGUUUUAACCUCCUGAUAUUCUUUCCAAAUAUUUCAGAACAUUGAACACGUUGUUUAAUAGGACCUAACUCUAAAAGAAGUAAGUUAACAUUUUAAUUGUGACCAAGAAGUAAGAAAAUGGGAUGCUAAUUUCCGUUGGAAGAUAAACUUUUUAUAAAUUAAUCUUUAUUCAUUAAGUUCUGAUUGAAAAGGAGCUUUUUCCUAUUACAUUUUCGAUGUUAAAUUUCCAGUUGGUUUCAGUGGUACUGUCUUGUAGUGUAAGCCUACCUACUGUCAGGAAUGUGUCAUGAAAUUUUAUACAUAAAACAAUCCAUAGAAAUGAUAUUUUAAAAAUUAUUGAAAAAUGUAGUUCAAAAGUAAACUAAGAAUUAUUUCAAAAGAUAAAAAUUGAACAAUGUAAUUGAAAGUAAGAACUUUGAAAUAUUUUAUCUCCUUAACUAAUUAGUGCUGUAGUUAUGUUAAAACGGGUUUAAUUAUAGGUUAGAAUUAGGUUUAAACUAAUUAAAAUGGUGGCAGUGUUGUGUAGUGUUUCAUUAUAGAAUUAUCGUAUUGCAGAUAAUCAUCCCGCAGUGAAAUUGAAAUCGCUGUUAACGAUAAUGGAUGUGUAACAUUCUUCGUGUGUCUAGAUACAAAAUGAUUUUUUUUCAAUAAAGAUCUGUGCAGUUA